AUGCAUCAAGCCAUACUUCCAGAUGAUCUUAUACAAAACGUUUUAGCAUUACUUCCAAUUAGAAAAACAUACACUUUAAAAAGAGUUUGUAAAGCAUGGAAUAGCCUAUGUGAUCAUGCUAUAUUAGAGCAUAUUAACCUAAACAACUCAAAGGUAAUAAUUAAACUUGGUCCUAAUUCAAUAUCGAAUUUAUUUGUGACACUUGAUUGUGUAGGCUAUGAUCCAUCCAAUGGUAUUUUCACAUUUAAGCCAGCACCCAACUCAAAUCCCAUUAGUUGUAGUCGCUCAAAUCUAAAUCAAAUAAUGUGUUUAUUUACUGAAUGGCUUGGAUUAGAUAAAAAUAAAUUUAUUAAUGAUUCAGAAGAUGGAAGUCUGGAAAUUAAUGGUGAUAUUGAUAAUAAUAACAGCAAUGUUACUCUUAAUCCUGAUUCAGAUCCACACAGCCAAGAGUUGCUUAGGCAUGCAAACUUUAAAUUAUUUCAUAUGGAUUAUAUUGAGGCAGCACGAAAAGAAUAUCAGCUAUUAAGAGUUAAUAAUGAUAAAGAAAAUACAUAUUAUUUAGGUGAUAAAGAUAUGAUUUUAAAAUGUCAUUUGAACAUUAUUGAUAAGAGUUCCUCAUCAUCAUCAACAUCAACCAGUAACAUUGAUUAUACUUAUAACGACAAGAUUUUUAAUUUUACAGUUGAAUCUUUUCAAGUUUGUGCUUCUUGGUUAGUCUCAGGCACUACAUUUAACAUUAUUCCAACUGAACAUCGUCAACAAAUUUAUCCAAAACAUUAUCAAAUUCUUAAUAAACUAUUACCAAAAAAUAAUUUAAUUGACACUGAUGGAGAUUUUGUUAGAAGAGAUGAAUUUGAGAAAGCAGUUGUUAAUAAAGGAAUAUUGAAACAAAAUAUUUGGAAAUAUACAUUUGUUAAAAAAUAUAUUAGAGAGCCUGAUCCAUUAGAAAAAUUUGAUCAAGUUUUAGAAAGAUUUGUAGCUGCUGAACAAAAAUAUUCUCUUACUUUGUCUAAAAACGAUAAUUUAAAUGGAAAUUCACCUAAAGGUUUCCUUAGUUGGAUUCCUAAAUUGAAUUCUAAGUGGUGA